GGUUCCAGUAGCUCUGCUCCCGUGGCCCGACGCGCGCCUGCUCCAGGACGCCCCUCAGUGCCUCAGUGAUAACUCGCCUCGCUAUCUUCAUGGCUUCUGCCACUCUCAGAACAGUCCUGCUCUUGCUGCCAGUUCUGGUUUCCAUAGCGUCACCGUCUGCGUUAGCCUGGACCCUUGACGAUGACGAGUCUCCGGAAGAGAUUUUGUCCCCUUCUCCGACCGCCUCCGUGGAGAACCCUUGCUGCAUCCGUGACCAGAAAAUGAAGAGCAUCGGGAUCUCAGACACAACGGGGCAGCAGAUCGAGGUUGACGUGGGCCACUGCCGAAGACGGUGCGGCGGCAGGAAGAAGCAGAUGAAAAAACAUGAUAUACAGCGCCUCAUGCGGGAAAACCCCGACAUGGACCCAAUAACGCUUUUCCUGAUGCACUCCAGUACCCGCGGACAGCCCUCCUGCCCCGGCGAGGAGGUGUGCUCGGCCUCGUCCUGGCGCGUGGAGAGGCUGUCCACCGUGGAGGGCGUGGUGAGUGUUACAGUGACGGAGGCCUGCAGCUGUCAGACCCGACCCCACUCCUGCCGCCGCCAGCCCCGCCCCGUCACCCUCCACAAGGGCACGCCGCUGCAGACCACGCUGGACCUGGGCGACUGUCAGGGGCACUGUGCACACGAGCUAGGCUGCAGGGCCACCAAGUCCCGGACGGUGGCGGUGGAAGGCCCUAACGGGUCCGAGUGUGUGACGGUGGUGGAGGAGUGUGGCUGCAGAGAGUCCUGCUACCGCGCCUCUCUGCUGCAACACGUCUACAACUACACCACCCCAGACGACCCCCAGGCACAGGUGAUAGACGUGGGCACAUGCAUCGGGCAAUGCGACACCGUCUCCGAGGACCAGUGUGUGGCCAGGGAACCCAGCGGUGGCUGCCUCAUGUCCCUGGUCAAGAGGAACUCCAGGUGCUCUCCUACGGAACUCAGCCAGGUACAAGUGACCCAGCAGGAUGGUACCACCCGUAUCCUCAGCACUGUCACCAACUGUGGGUGUGUAUAGUCGAACAACCCCAUAUCCCCGUGCCUUUCCCCGGCUGCGGCAGUGUGAGGCUCUCUGUCGACUUGGAUACACAAUUGACACACAAAAAUACGUCUCCGGCGCUCCCCCCCCCCCCCCCCACCCACACACACACAUCACACCAAUACCUUGUCACACAACACAUCCCACGAGCAAACGUCGCUCCCCUGACAUUCCUUCAACUUAAACAAAUCCUAAAUGAAGAUCUACCUUCCACCUAAGGCCGCUCUCCACAAGAUUCCCUCUCUUCCACAAGUUUCGUCUUUUCGUGAAUCUUCCAUUUCCUGAGACUUCUUCCACGAGGCUUCUUCUGCCAUAAAGGCGUCCUCACAUGAGACAAUCCUUUCCAUAACGCUAACUUCCCAUGAGGAUCUUCCUUUCAGGAAGACACUCUCAUAAGGCUCCCUUCCCUCCCUGAGGUUGCCCAUUAAACAGAGGUCUUCCCCGAUAGCUCCCCUGACAUUCCUAUUUCAGUCAAAUGCUCUUUCUUCUCCACUGCCACCCCCUUCUAUGUGACGCUUCUAUCCAUGCAGUCCCCUUCUUUCUGGCGACUCCCUUUCAUGAUGAUCUCACGUUCUACGAGGCUCCCCCCCGCCCCGCCGUGAGUUCCCCCUACCACAAAGCCCCCGUUCUUCCAUGUGCCACCCCCUUGCAUGAGGCUCCCUUCCCACGAGUCUUCCCUCCCAGGAGACCGUUCAUUGAGGCUAAUCUUCCUAUAGAACAACUCCUUUCUAUCCAAUGAGGCUAUGAAUGACUUUUUAUCCUAUGAGGCUAUUUUUUCAUGGAACUCCCCCGUCCAUGAGGCUCCCUCCAUUACAACCUUUCCAAGGCACUCUGCUUGCGUGAGACUUCCUCCUUCAGGCUAUUCCAGAAAGUCACUUCCAUUGAGCUCGUUUUAAAGAGGUUACAUCUCUUGUUAGGUUAGGUAUUUUCAUAAGUUUUUCAUGAGGCUUCCCUUCCAUGGGCUCCUUUUCCUUGAAAUUUUUUUGUUCCCGUAGCAAACAUGUUCCUGAGGCUUUCCGCGUUCAGUUAGUCCUUGGCUUAUCCACAAAGGCAAGAGUCUUCAGCAUGUAGCCGGUGCUACUGCCGUUUCCGGCUACUCAUGCCCCGUUUGACCCAAGGCAACAGCUCGGAGCACGACCAGUGUUUGGGGCGGCAGCGCAUCGCGCCGGACGCUGGAAAGGAGGGAACGCAUCGUGUCCGCUGAUCGGUUCUCCUCCAAGCGGGAUCGAAGCCCCAGCGCCGCCGCCCUCAUUGGCCUCGCGAUGAGAAACACAUCUCCAGCCACAGCGUCGCUCCACAUGCAGCAUCUUGUCACAAUGUACUAAUUUGUUUAAUCAGCAAUAGCAAAAUAGCAAUUAUUUAUUAUAUAUUAUAAUGGAUGCAUAUCAACUAGGUAAUGGUAUUUUAGUCGAUUACAUCCCAUAGGUUUUUAACAAAAUUAUAUAAGACAUUAG